CUCUUUGAGAUAUGUUGCAGAUUCAACCUUCUGUGUGUUUGUACAAAUUUAUAAAAUAAAAGUUUGUUGUCUCUUGCUGCAUCUAUUGAAUGUUUUUAGAAGAUUUCCAGAAAGCAUUUGUUGCUGCAUCUAUUGAAUGUUGAAUAUUGAAACUCGUAUGGUAACACAUUUUGAAACUUUUUUGCUUGGAGUCUUGUUUUGAUUAGGAAUGUUGAUAUUUUUGAUAGGGUCUUGAAUUUGCUUAUGAGUCUUUUGUUGCUUGUGAAACUGUCUAGUGUUUAUAAUAAUUUCAGGAAGCAUUUGUUUUUGAUAGGGUCUUGAAUUUGCUUAUGAGUCUUUUGUUGCUUGUGAAACUGUCUAGUGUUUAUAAUAAUUUCAGGAAGCAUUUGUUGUGUUAUUUCAGGAAAGCCUUCCAGAAAAGUUUGAAAUUUUUUUUUCCUUGUUUACGCAGGAUAGAAACAAGAUGGGAGAUUCAGUACCUCUAAAACUAGCACUGCCAGAGCUGAAGUAUCCUAUUGGUUCACAGCCAAAGCAAAAGUCAGCAAUCAACCAAUAUUCCGGCUCAGAGUAUAUCUCCAUUGUUGACAGCAUCCUAAAACCAGAUGAGAUGAUAAGAGUCCGAGGAUCAUUUCUGGGACCUAUAAUGAAGCUCAGUGAGAGAGGAUUGAAGUUAUCAGCAAAGAUGGUCUACGCCAUUCUCACUAGAAGCAUCGUUUCUGUCAAGGAGAAUGAAGCCUGGUUCCAUUUCGGUGCGCAGUCACUGAGGUUCUCUAUAAGAGAAUUUCAUAUGAUGACAGGCUUGAAAUGUAGUGGUGCAUUAGAAGGACCACGAAGGGAAACAAAUAGAUUUAAUUGGGAAUUGCUAAAGGGGCGUAGUCAUAAGUUAAGUGACGUGGUGGAACAGCUCAGAAACACAAGAGAAGAUGCUUCUGAGGAGAGAGUAUGCCUCGCAAUGCUCAUCCUGGUAGAGAGCAUAUUAUUGCGGAAGAGAAAAGGAGGGAGUUUUCCUUUGGAAUAUGCGAAAAAUGCAUAGGAUAUGACAUAUCCAUGGGGGAAAGAGGCUUACAUUGUGCUCCUGAAGUCAAUUCAAAACGCUGUCGCGAAUCAUUUGGAGAAUAAAUCCAAAUUUGAGUUGCAAGGUUAUCCUCUAGUAUUCCUUCUUUGGAUACUAGAGUCGAUUCCUUUGCUAAGGAAUAAGUUCAGUAAGUGUGUACCAACAGUUGAGGUUCCUGGGCCGACUUACUUGUGUGAAAAAUACACUGACGUAGAGAAUCCAUCACUUGAUAGGGUUUUACAGGUUGAAGCUGAUACAAAGCUGAAGGUCCAUUGCAUACUACCUUCUAUUCCUCAUGAUCCAGAAGAUGAUAUCUCCAUUGAAGACAAAUAUAGUGACGAGCUGGAAACACUGAAAGAUGUAACAAAGAAAGGGUACAAGCUUACAGCUGAUGACUGGGAAAAUAGGUGUGUAGACACAUUUGAAACAUUGGAUGCUCUUAUUCAAAUGAUGGCAAAUAAGGAGACUGGCCAAGCUUCUACUCCGAUUGAUGAGGAUUCAGUAAAUGAAAAAGUGAACAGGAUCAUUGAGGUAAUGGAGGAGAAUCUGAAGAGCAUGAAGGAUCGAAUGUCAUUACUGGAAGAAGAAAACAUGCAUCUUAGAGCCCGUGUGUCAGAGUUGGAAGGAAACAACAAUGUUUUUCCCACUAACGUGACACAACAGCGAUCCAGUGGGACACCUUUAUCUCCAAUGUCUCACACGCAACCAUCGAGUGAGACGCCUUUAUCUCCAAUGUCUCAACAGCCUAAUUUGACACAUGAGGAGACAAUGAUUGAAUCAGCUGCAUCUCCAAAGUCUCAACAAAAUGAGGAUUACACGCAACCAUCGAGUGAGACGCCUUUAUCUCCAAUGUCUCAACAGCCUAAUUUGACACAUGAGGAGACAAUGAAUGAAUCAGAUGAUGACACUCCUGCCCUUGAUACUCAAGUAUUCUCUCCUAAUCUGACAAAAGAGAAAGAAACAAGUGAGUCACCUGCUGAGAGGCCAUCCAAUCCUAAUCAAGAUGGAAAACCAGAUGAUGAGAUUGUGAGAGAGAAAUUAACAAGGGAGUCACCUGCUGCUCAGAGUCAAGUUUCGUAGAAAGAAACAGUGGAAAUGAAUGAGACACCUUCUUCUCCAAUAGCUCCAAAGAGUAUUGAAACUCCCGUUUAUACUCCAAGUCAGACUCAGCAGGUACAUGGUCAAAAAAAAUUCUUGGAUUUUUAAGUUAAUGUUUGGAAGCUUUAGAACGUACUCUGGAUUGCCUUCGUGAUAAUUUUUACAGAUUGAGAGAGAGCCAUCGGAUGACACGCCUGCCCUUGAUAGUCAAAUUUUCACUCCUAAUCUGACACAAGAGGUAUAUGCUCAAUGACAGUUGGAGUUUACAAUUAGUUUUGGGUGAUUUACAUAUAUAGACCUUUCUAAUUUUUGGCGGAGGGAAACACAAACCUCUACUGAUGAGACGCCACCCAAAACUAAUCAAGAAGAAGGAAAAACAAAUGAUGAGGUAAUAUUUACUCUAGAAAUUAUAAUUGAAUGUAUUCAUGAUGGCCUUUCCUGAUAUUUUUUUGCAGAUUGUGAUUGAGUCACCUGCUGCUCAGACUCAAGUUUCGCAAAAAGAAACACUGGAAAUGAAUGAGACACCUUCUUCUCCAAUAUCUCCAAAGAGUAUUGAGGCUCAAGUUUUUACUCCAAUUCAGAAACAGCAGGUAAAUGCUCAAAAAAUCUUGGAGAUUUCAAGUAAUGUUUGGAAGCUUUUGUACGUGUUUUUGAUCCCCUUCCUGACUUUUUUUUUUUUUUGCAGACGGUAACAGAGGGAACGUAUGAGGCUACACAACCAUUGGCUGAGAUCAUUUCAGCAAACAAUAAAAAGGUAAGCAUAGAAAUGUCUUUCAUAAGUACAACUUGAAUUUUAAAUUGUAGAAACUUCUUCAUAACUACCUCUUUUAUUUUAUUGUUAUUACAGGAGGAUACACAUGCUGUGCAUCACACACCUUCCUCUCCAUUGUCUUCACUAAUUGCACUAGUUAUUGAAGAAAAUAAGAACGCUUUGGUAAGAAGAAAUAUUUAAAAUGUUUAUGUAAUAUUUUUCUAUUCAACUAACUCUUACCAUUUACUUUUGUCUUAUAGAGUGAGACAGAAACUGCGACCCAAUAUUUUUCUCCAAGUGAGGGAGAGGAGACACAAUCAAGCAGAAGAAAAUCUCAAGGAUACUACAAAACAUACAACUGAGCUAGUUUCCACAGAUGUUUCGAAGACACAGCCUCUUACACAGCCUCUUACUCAGCAAACACAACACCUUCAGACAAGUGAGGGAGAGCAAUCCGAUGAGACACCAUCAGAGCAGAAUCAAGCAGAAGAAAAUCUCAAGGAUACUACAGAACCUACUACUGAGCUAGUUUCCACAGAGCCUACUACUGAACCUACUACUGAGCAAGUUUCGAAGAUACCGCCUAUUACUCAGAAAACAGAGCAUCUUCAGACAAGUGCUAUAGAUUUUUCAGAAACAAACGAGGUUGAAGUAAGCAGGCUUCUAGCUCACUUUCAAAUAGGCGCAGAGGUUGAGAUUUUGUCUACUGAUGACGAAAUAUGGUAUCCAGGAAAGGUUGUUGAUCUUAAACUGUGUGAAGGACUAGAGGAGCUGACAGUUGAGUACACGACACUCUUCGCAGACCAACAUAGACUUCAGAAACUUCAGGAUACUAUCACGGCUGACAAAAUACGUCCUGCAACACCAACUAGUGACCAAAAAUCCUUUGAGAUGAUGGAUAAGGUAGAAGUCUUUUACAACAAUGGCUGGAGCAGCGGACAAAUUAGCAUGGUACUUGGUGAUAACACAUACUCGGUGUGUCUCUAUACUUCUAUGGAAACUAUUCUAUUC